AAAACCCUUCCUGUGGGUCAAAGUUCAUGUUUAUAACUUGUGAGUAAAAAACGAAGGAAAACACCUUCAAUCAAGUCGUUUAUUAAUUUGUGUAUUAAUUGCAUUUAUUGUAAGUUAAUUUAUUAGGUUUAGAAUAAGUGCCUAGAAUGAACGAUAUGGGAGGCGAUCAACUGGCAGGUUUGCCGCCAGAAGUUAUAUGGGAAUACCAAUUUCGGAUGAUAUUGGUUGGAGAUUCGACAGUAGGGAAAUCGUGUUUGUUGAGACGAUUUUGUGAUGGUAAAUUUUUCGAGACAUCCGACCCUACAGUUGGUGUCGACUUUUAUGCAAGACUUAUAGAAGUUGCACCUGGAAGAAGGGUUAAACUUCAGUUAUGGGAUACAGCUGGUCAAGAACGGUUUAGAUCUAUAACAACAUCUUAUUAUCGAAACUCUGUUGGGGUAUUGCUAGUGUUUGACAUUUCUAAUCGCAAAAGUUUUGAGCAUCUACAAGAAUGGUUCCUGGAAGCCCAAGAAAAUGUAGUUUAUCCACGAAGUGUGGUGUACAUGGUAAUUGGCCAUAAAAGUGAUUUGAAAGAUUUACGACAAGUUGCAGUAGAAGAGGGCGAGAAGUUUGCCAAAGCAUACGGAAUGAAGUACAUAGAAACAUCCGCAAAAGCAUGCAUCAAUGUAGAGGCCGCAUUCUCAGUAAUGGCCAAGGAAAUUUACGUCAAACUUCAGGAAGGAGAAGUAAAGAUGCACGAGGGAUGGGAUGGCAUCAAAGGUGGAUUCUCAACACCACGAGAAACUCUUCGGCUAGAGGAACCAACACAAAGGCAAAGAAUAUGUUGUGGAUGAGGAAGAAAUUUGAAUAUUUCAGUUUUACUGGUUUGCAUGUAAAUUGUCUGUAUUUAUGAAAUUGUGAUGGAUGUUCUGAACACUAGAAGGCACAACUGCUUGACCUGUGACCCAAUGGGUGACAUUCCCCAGGAAGUACUAAAUUCUGCUCAUAAUUACUGUACAAGGUUGGAAAAUCGAUUCAUUUGAGUGAGCACAAUUGUAUAAAUUUAAAAUGACCAUAUUUGGUAAGAGCCUGCAGUACUGCAGAUUUUCUAGAUAAUAAAUUAAAUGAUCAAGUGACUUAUUGUUUCUGAUGACAACUCCAAAAUAAUGAAUGGAUUAAACAUAUUUUUUAAUUAAUAAUUAUGCAUUAAUUGAUAUUUAACAUUUAAAUCAUUGAUAGUGAUUAGUAUACCUUUAAAAAUUAUGUAAUUUUUCCCUCCUAAAAUUAAAUAUUAUACAUAACACAUUGUGUAUGUGGCAAAAAAACCCAUGCAUAUUUGAUGUAAACAUUUAAUUAUGGGGUGUAAUUUUAUAUCAGUAUCUUAAAAAGUAUUUGAAUGAAUUGGCUUUGGAAUAUUUAAUUUAAGCUAUUUAUUUAGGCUUGCAUUGUGGCGAGAAUGCGAAGUUAUUCAUUUUAAAGAUACUGGAGGGUUGGCUGCCAUUAGUUUUAAUAAUAAGAAAAGGUGGUAAGUGUUUAAGAAUGGUGUAAACAAAAUUGAAUGAUUCCUCUUGGUAUGAUUCCUCUUGGUACAGUAAUACCAUGUUUUGACUUGUCAUGUAGCAAUAAACUGUAUACCUUGUUGCAUGCCCUGUGGACUGAUCUUCACAACUCUCUUUUUAUUUUCCCCCAUUCUGUACUGUAUAAAAUAGAUUUGCAAUACAAAUUUAUUUAUUUUAUUUUUUUGCUAUUUCUCCUAUAUGUUCAAUCGUUUAUCUCUUGAACUAAAUAGAAUCCUAUUACUAAAUAUUUUAAUGUCUGUAUAAAUUAAGGUAUGUUAGAUUCUUCAGUCGCUAGUAGGGGAAAAUCAAAAAUAAAAAAAAACUGAUGCCAAUGGAGAAUUGGAUAAAAAAAA